AUGUCGUUGGAAAACCUUACUGGCACGAUAAAAAACUCCAUUCCCUGGAGCAGUGAGACAAGCACCACCACUGAAGUGCCCCUCAAUCUGGAUGCAUUCAACCAGCGAAUGUUUUUAUCCGAUAAAGUUGUGUUAAUUUUCAUCGCGAUAGUCGCAACUCUGGGAAAUUCUCUGGUUUUAGUCGUGACCUGGUUGGACAGAAGUCUUCAUCUACCGGAUAAAUAUUUUGUUGCCCACCUGGCCUUCGCUGACAUUUUGGUUGGUAUUUUCGUGGCACCGCUGAACUCGUAUACCCUCCAGAUAUAUUUAUCUGAUCAAACUGGACAGAUUUCCAUUCAUUUGUGUCGUUUUAUGGAGUGGAUCGAUAAUUUUGCGUUAACAUCAUCGAUUUAUACACUGACGUUCAUCAGUUUUGACCGGUAUUUUAAAAUAAGCAAGCCAUUUCAGUACAAGUCACGCAUGACAACUUCCAAAACAUUGAAAUCAAUUUUUAUCAUCCUUUUCAUUUCAACUACCAUUGCCACAUACGGCGCCACUCCUCACUCGGGAAGCCACGGCAUCUUGGAAACCACAGCCGGUGCUUGUCCUACAAAAGCACGAGAAGGGAAAGAAUACGAAACCUUUUUAGCUGUAAGUUCGUUCUUUCUUCCAGCCGUGAUCAUCUUUCUUAUGUACACUCUCAUUUUUCUUGUCGCUCACAAACGAAACAAAAUGCUCGCGAAUGGUGAACUGGGUGAAACAAUCAACGAUCAGAACCAACGAACAGCAUUACGUCGAGAUAUGAAGGUCGUUAGAAUGCUGUUGGUCGUUGUUGGAGUUUUUACUCUUUGCUGGGGCCCGUGGAUUAUGUAUGUAUUCAUGUGGCAUAAUUAUGAAGAUUUUAUUGACUGGGAUAGCAAUUCAACAAGCUAUUGGCAUCAGAUCUACCUGGUUUCUUUUAUAUCAAGCACGCUUCCACUAUUCAACAGCGCGUGUAACCCAAUCAUUUAUGCUUCGUUAGACCAAAAAUACGGAGAAGCUUUCAAACGUCUGUUUAAGAAAAUCGUGUGUUGGCCAAGCUCAAGCACGAGAAGUCCGAGAACACCAUCUAAUGAGCUACGCCCACAAAGAACAAGAUAA